GCCAUCGCCCAGCCGGUGCCCAGCCAUGCUGCCCUGGGUGCUGCUGCUCUCCUUCUGCACAGCAGCCCUGCAGCUGGUGAGCAGUAAGAGGGACUUGGUUCUGGUGAAGGAGGCGCGGAGCUGGUACGACGCCCAGCAGCACUGCCGGCUGCACUACACAGACCUCGCUGACCUGCAGCCAAGUGGCCUGUGGAAGCUCUACUCCCUCAUGACCAGCACCCCGGCUUGGAUUGGCCUCUUCUUCGACGCAAGCACUUCUGGCCUGAGAUGGUCCAGCGGCUCCACCUUCACAGCCCUGGAGUGGGGCCAGAAGCUACCUGAAUUUGGGGUGGGCUUCUGUGCCACGCUGUACACUUGGCUGAAAUUACCCAGCAUGGGGGCUGGCUCCUGCACAGCCCAGAAGCCCUUCCUCUGCUACUAUGACCCUGACAUCGGGCACCUCAUCCCCACGAAGCCCUCUCUCAGCCUGACCACCUCUCCAAAGCCAGCUGUGGUCCAAAUCGGUGGUCAGACCUUCACACGAUUUGACCAAGUGAUGACAUGGUCCUCGGCCCUGCUGUACUGCCGCAGCCACCACACGGACCUGGCCGACCUGCAGAUGGUGACGGAUGAGACGGGCAAGGAGGCCUUGAGAUCCAUCAUGAGUGAGACUGAAGCCUGGAUUGGCCUCUACCUCAAUGCAAACUCUGGAUCUCUGAGCUGGUCCAGUGACCUGGGGGCCAGCAUCCCCUCCUGGCUGCGGGUGCCGAUGAUGGUGAGAGGACUGUGCACAGCUCUUGGCAUCUAUAUGACCUACUCCCCAAAAGUGUACUCAGUGAACUGCUCUUUCCCGCUGCCCUUCAUCUGCUUCUAUGACCCCUCCACUGGACACCGGGCAUCAGCAGAGUUGCCUCCACUCUUCCACACUUCCCCCACAGAAAUGACAGAGGAAACAACUCCCAGGCCAGGCAGAGCUGUGACCAGUGUAGGGAGUGGCACUGAUAGAAGAGAUACAGCUGCUGCCACGGAGGCCCAACAUCUGAGUUCAGAAUCUAAAGAAAAAACAUCAGCACAAAAAUCAGGGCACCCUUUUGGAAUCCUGAAAGCAGACUUUACCAUCUCAACUCUGAUGGACCCAGAAGAGAUGAAAGACCAAUUUCUGAGACAGAUCCAGGAAGUCUUAAAGCUUACAUUAGGUCACGAACAAUUUAGACUGAAAUGGGUCAGCUUCGAAGUGAACAAAAAAUAGCACAAUUCUUGGAUAUGCAGUUUCUGUUUCAUGCAAUCUUUUCUGGAUUUUGAGUAAAUUUUAAUUUUUUAAUCCCUAGUAGAACAAGGUUAGGAAGAACUCGACAUAUGCCAAAAAGCACAGACCUACAACUAACACAAAAUAAGACUACACAUGAAACCUGCAUCUCUGGAUUUUACAGAAUGAAACAGGGAUGCAGGAGAAGAUGGGUGUAUUUCGGAACAAUCAUGUUGGGAAUGACAAAUGAACUUCUAAUAAGAAAUUAAAAUAAAAAACCUGAACCAAACAUCAAAAA